AUGACCGCGUUCGAUGAGAUCCUAAAGGAGGCUGGAGCUUUUGGCUACUGCCAGAAACGCAUCUUCGCUCUGUUCUGCCUGGUGUCACUACCGUUUGCCGGCGUGUACGUGGGCAUUGUGUUCCAGGGCUUCACCCCGGAUCACUGGUGCCGGGACCCCGAGGUGGUGGAGAGGAGGCAGGCCUGCGGCUGGAGCCCGGCAGACAGUCGCAGGCUGACAACGCCCCUCAUCAACAGCUCUGGACUGCUGCAGCCCAGCAGCUGUGAGCAGUACGAGGUGGACUGGAACACCACUGGACUCAGCUGUGACUCCCAGGAGCUGGACCUCAGCGGAGCUCCAGUCACCACAUGCAAGGAUGGCUGGGAAUACGACUAUGAGGGCAGACAAUCCUUUGUCACAGAGUUUGACCUGGUGUGUUCAGAUGGCUGGUUGGUGGACAUGUACCAGGCCAUUCUCAAUGUGGGCUUCCUGGUUGGGACCAUCACUAUUGGCUACCUGGCUGACAGGUUUGGCAGGAAGAUAACUUUCCUAAUGGCCAACCUGUUGAAUGGCAUCGCAGGGAUUCUGGUGGCUGUGGUUCCUAACUACAUCUCCGUGUUGGUGUUCAGGACCAUCUCUGGCUUUGGAGUGAAAGGAAGCUGGAUAGUUGCAUAUGUGUUGAUCACAGAGAUCGUGGGUGUGGAGUACAGGAGGACUGUGGGAAUAAUCUACCAGAUGUUCUUCAGCGUUGGCGUCAUCGUCCUCCCUCUCCUGGCCUACUUCAUCACUGACUGGCGCUGGCUGCAGGUCGUCAUCACCGCCCCAUACAUCCUCUUCCUGUCCUACUAUUGGUUCAUUCCAGAGUCUCCGAGGUGGCUUCUUUCUCAGGGCAACUCCUCCAGAGCUAUGGAGAUCACCGCAGCCAUAGCAAAGCAGAACAAGAAAAAACUCCCCAAGAACAUUAAGACAAUAACAGAUGACAAUGCAGAUUCCUGCGCUGCCUCUUUCCUGGACCUGAUUAAAACUCCAAAUAUGAGAAAACACACCUUCAUCCUCAUGUUCAACUGGUUCACCAGUGCUGUGGUCUAUCAGGGCCUCAUCAUGCGAGUGGGGAUAGCUGGAGGAAACGUCUACAUUGACUUCCUGAUCUCCGGCCUGGUGGAAUUACCCGCUGCCUUCAUCAUCCUCUUCACCAUCGAGCGUAUCGGUCGGCGUCUUCCCUUCGCCACCGCCAACAUCGUAGCCGGAGCCUUCUGCUUCAUUACUGCCUUCAUUCCUGACAGUAUGUUCUGGUUUAAGACGGCGGUGGCAUGCAUUGGGCGGCUGUCUAUCACCGUGGCCUUCGAGAUGGUGGUGUUUGUUAACACUGAGCUCUACCCUACCUUUGUCAGGAACCUGGGCGUGUCAGUUUGCUCCACUCUGUGUGAUGUUGGCGGCAUCGUGUCUCCCUUCCUGCUCUACCGGCUGGCCGUCAUCUGGCUGGAGCUGCCCCUCAUCAUCUUUGGAACUCUGGCGAUCGUAGCCGGAGGUUUGGUGUUGCUGCUGCCGGAGACCAGAGGAGUUCCUCUUCCCGAGACCAUUGAUGAUAUCGAGUUUCCUGAGAGAAACAACAAAGAGCAUCUGACGACCCAGACUAUGAAUAAACUGUUACAGUCAGACCUGACGGACAACAAGGAACCAAUCACUGUCUAAUUGUUUGUGUGUGUGUGUGUGUGUGUGUACAUAUAUCAUUCAUUGUGAUAUCAUUUUGAUACUUUACCUGCUAUAACCUGGGAGGCUGUAUGUAUGAAAAAGUUUUUGAUAGAUUCUCUAUAAAGUACAAGU